CAGUUGAAGUCGAUUCCAGUUGCUGGUGAAGAACCUUAUACGCGAGGAAGCACGAAGACAAACUCGACUUGACCGUCGCGGUUGCGUGGUCAUAUAUUCUACCGACGACAGUGCGCUGGAGAAGCCUUUCUCCUCUUCGUUCUCAUGUUUCUUUCUUCCCUUCUUCUGAGGUCAUCUUAAAGUAGACGACGACGACGACGACGACGACGACGACGACGACGAAGAGGGGUUUCAAAGAACCGCUGAUCUCAAAGGAUGCAGUGAUUCCAAGUGAUUGUUGCCAGAAAGGAGGUGAAUUGGAGCAUGAAGAAGAUUGCAUCGAAGAGAAACUUCCGAGGAUUACCACGGUGGAGAUGUCAAUACCACAGAUUCUACUCCCUCUGAUGGCAGUGUCUCUUCUGGCAAUGAUGGGUGCAGUGUUUUCACGCCUCAUAAACAUAUGGAGUUGUCUCGAAGUCUCAAGCUUCGAUGGACACUGAUACGCAUAAAGAAGAACGGACGAAGAAGAUGACUGCACAUGAACGGCUUCAAAACGAGUUGUGUGCAGUAAACGAAAGGCAUGUAAUGCGAGAUAGGCGUCUUGACUCUCAAGACUUCCAUUCGGUGCAGAGCUGGCUGGAAGCAGAAAAUGAUGAGCCUGUGAAGUCGUCUCUCUCGAGUGAUGCAGAGUUCCACGGCAGUUCAUACGAUGAUCAAAAUGGCAGUCCAUCAGAUGGGCUCGACACGCUCGAGCACAUUCGAAUGGAGAUACUGAGGAAGGCUGAUGAGUUGAGAGAGGAAAUCAGCGAGGUGUUCGACAGAUCUGAGGAAGGCCAGGGACGAUUUCACCUCACAGAAGAGAAGCUUCCUCCUAAAGCAAAGAAUGUUCCUCGACCACACCGGUUAACAAACCAUCUUCCAAGAUCACCCCUUGUCGCUUGCUUGCAUUGCCGUCAUGGAGAGUGCCACCAAACAUCUGUGAAGCCCACAACCAAAGCUCGGAUCGAGCAUGAAGAAGCAGGGAGCAGGCGGCGGAUGAAGCGACAUUGUCGUCCUGUUUUAGGUGGAGCUCCCUUUGUCGUCUGCUACAAUUGCUUGCAGUUGCUGCUGCUCCCCUUGGAUUUCUUCAUUGCAAGGAGAAGAUUGUGCAAGCUGCAGUGCGGUGCUUGCUCAAAAGUGCUCAUGUUUUCCUUCAGAACUCGAAAUCGCGGGGUCCCUUUCGUGCCGAUCGAGGAAGAGCAACCAACAAGCGAGGCGGAGACAAGUGCAGAUGCUACUCUCGGACAGGAGACAUCGAAUUCACCAUCGAAUGAUAGCUCUCGCUGGGACUCACUUUCUUGCUCAGAUGAGAAUGCACUCUCUCUUGGCAUCAGCUACUCCACGGAUGUCGAAAGGAACGAUAAGCUUCCGCCAUUUUUGCAGCUUCAUCAGCUUAUGGGCUACGGUUCGGCUACUGAGUUCUUAUACCGGCACAGCGAUGAUAUGGAUGAAGAACUUGAAGCAACUGAACCGAGCACACCACACCGCAGUAGUCCUGAGGAAGAGGAAGCGUCCGUUGGAGAUGGAAUCGAGGAGACAGCCAUUGAGGGAGACGAGUCAGCAGGGCGAUCGAGAACCAGAAAACCUCCACUGCAUGGAUUGCUGAAGAUCAUGAAGCUGAGGAUCCAGAAAACCGGAAGGAAAAACUCAGAUUAGCAAUUGGAGGCUAUUUGGGGUGACAUCUCAGGCUUCAUCGACUCUUUGACACAUCGAUGUCUUCCAUUAGGGUAAAAGCACAGAAGAAUUCUACAGAGUGGCCUGUACAUAAAUAACUGCAUUCAUUUCCUAUGCAUGAAUUACUCAAGUUGGAUAUGUUUCAACUCCUGCUUUUUGCUGUAUGAUUAUUAAAUUCUUCAAGU